UGACAGGGAAGACCAGACCCACAUCUACUGCAGGUGGACUUCAAGGAGCCGCGAGGCCUGAAGAAAGAGAUCUUCAACUCCUAGCUGUUCAACUUAUCUUGGAGCAUCAGAUUCGACGAAUAGUCUAAGACAACAUGCCUGUCGCCGCCGCUGUUUCCGCAUUCCGCUUUGAGACCCUGAAAGUUCCCAACAAGACGAAAAUCAGAGAUUUCGUCAAGGACAACAAGUUGGAGUUCGCCAAGGGGAAGGGCUUCUACCAGCUGACCAAACCCGAGACCAUCCAGCGCUACAAGGAGGUGGUGGCGCGUCGCAAGACGGACGGAGCCUACGUCAGCGGCGACGCCGUCAGGAAAGUCCUCGGCAUUCCUCAAGACGACUCCAACUUCUCCCUGAACAAGAAGAACAUCCCAGACUUCGACGUCUUCAUCCAGAGCACGUCUUACAACCGCGUCUUGGUUCCCAACACGGAGUUCUUGUACGAGGUGAAGACCAGCUGUACCGCGGUGGACAAGAAGAAGGGGUCUGCUGCUGGGAAGAGGAAGGCCGAGGCAGCUGACGUCAUGAUUACGUGUAAGAAAGUCAAGGAAGACGAGACGGUCCCUUCUCCGUGUGUCGUUCCACGCUUCCCGCCAGGGGGGCCGAUGGAAAUCGUCUUCUCCUUCGACACCACGGGGUCCAUGGGCGGCUGUAUCGCUGAGGUCCGCAGAGAGGUUCAGGAUAUCAUCCGCCGUCUGCACGCCGACAUUCCCGGCAUCCGCAUCGCCAUCUUCGCGCACGGAGACUACCAGGACGCCGCCAGCACCUACGUCACCAAGUGGGUGGACUUCACCACGGACGCCGACAAGCUGUGCGAGUUUGUGCGCACCGUGGAAAACACGUGUGGAUAUGACGGCGACGAAUGCUACGAGCUUGUCCUACGCCAGGUCCGGACGGAGCUGUCCUGGAUGCCGGGCACGCAGCGCUCCCUGGUCCUGAUCGGUGACGCCGACCCACACGAGCCCAGCUACGGUCUCAACACGGACAACAUCGACUGGAGAGAGGAGACCGACAGGCUUCACAAUGAGACCGGCGUGCACAUCUAUGCUGUCCAGGCUGGCGGUGGUUCGUCCAUGGCCUUCUACAAGGACCUGGCCAACCGGACUCAGGGCUGCCACCUGAAGCUGGAGAACUUCUCCUGCAUCAUAGACUUCCUGAUGGCGAUCUGUUACCGGGAGCGGGGACCGGACCAACUCAUGGCCUAUGAGAACGAGGUUCGUGCCCGGUACAACGCCGCCGGUGGGCCCGCCAUGAACAGGGAGCUACACGGGCUGUUCGACACACUGGCCGGCAGGGACGGGGAGGAGGCUGAGACAGAUUCCCCACCCAGGUUGGUCCGAGCCCUCACACCACUGCGGUGGCGCGGGGUCAGCGGACACACCCCGUCCCCACCCCGGACCCCAACACGCAGGCGCGGUUUGUACAGCAGGACCAGGCUCGGAGUGCGCAGCCGCAGAUUCGUCGGUAGGCGGUCACCCAGGAUCGCUGCCCGGCUACUGCGCAGGUCACGCCGGAUUGUCGCCAGACAGCUGCUCUUUGCAUUGUAAUUCAUAGAUUAUUUUGCAGUAAAAGAUAUCAAAUAUCUGUUGUACUAUAAUGCCUGCAACUUGCUGCAUUUACUUGAAUCCUGUUGUUUUCCUGUAACUGUACUUCCUACUGUUAACCUUUGUACUAUACUAGUACUAAAUAACAUUAUGCUUGUAUAAUAUGCAUUUACCUUUUAAAUAUUCUAUGUACAUAUAAGUUUAGCCUAUAGCAGUGAUGAUGGGAAAACUGCAGUUAAUGUUUUGACUUCAGUGUAACUUAUUUCUAACGAGAAGACUAUGGAUAGGAAUUCUUCUAAAAGGUGUAAAUAUCUCUGUGGUACACAAUGUUGUGGAAGAUGCAUAUUUAUCUCUGCUGUACUACAAAACGUCGAAGGUACAUAUUUCUCUGUAGUAUUGUGCACCUGCAUAGAUUAACACUAUCAGGAGUGUAAUCAGGAAUUCUGUGGCUUUAGUGUGGUUAUUUUCAGAAUGAAGAAGGGGCAAAAUAUCAUAUAGUAGUAUAUAUUAAUGUGAUGCUUCCAGUAAGCUUUUAGUCUGGGCAAAUGUCCCAUAAUGAUCAUCAGGUGAAAGUUGUAAUAAAAUCUGUCCACCUCAUGCAAUUUCGUGCUUCUUUCAUUAUGAAGGUUUGUUA